AUGGAAGAGGGCGACUUUAUUUUGUAUGACGAUAAGGACGGAGAAGAGCACCCGCCAGAUGUAAUUCGGAACAAGUCAGCGUUUCUUGAACAUCGAGCGACCCGACCUGAUGCUUCACCCCUUUUUGAUGAGACUCCUUAUACCAGUAUCCUUAAUUCGAACCAUUCUCAGAGCUCGUCAGAAAAUGUGUCACGCGUGUCGCCUGCCACACUCAGAAGUGUCUCACCCAAUACAACGCCUCCCGAGCAGCCGUCCCAACCGUCUAGCGGUACACUUGGCGAACCGUUGGAUUUGCUAUCGUUGCAUUCUGCAGAUUCUGAUAAAAAAGCUACACUCAGCUCUGCACCUCUAUUCCCGCAUCUCCCCCGCGAUCCUCCAACACCACCUAACGAGUCCGCCAACCAGCCACAGCCAUCGCAGCCAUUACCGCCAUUCUUCAACGAUGCUCAUGCGGCUGCAGCUGCUUCGCUAUUUUGGAAUCCGGGAAACACAGAUGCGAAUGAAAAUCUCCGUAGAUGGCGAUCCUAUUGGAGCAUGCACGGAGGCAAUGCACCUGUGCCGUCGAUGGCCGCAGGUCACGAUGUGCUUCGUGCACAGAAACAAGCAGAUGAUAUGAACCAGACACAACCACACAUCGAUCAGCAGCUACAGCGGCAGCAACAGCAGCAGUUUGGUUUGGAGUCUUAUCCACAACCGUAUCCGCAGCCAUCUGUGCAUUCGCUCGCUCAGCGUCCAAACGACAAAUUGACAAUAUCACCUCGCGAGCUUCAUAUUGAUUACAAUGAAGCUACCACACCUCCUGCCAAAGUCAAAGACCCUCCUGUGAUCGGAGAUGCAUUCUCCUUGUUUCCCUCGCAGUCCACCAGUGGGCAUCUGCCAUCACAGACCAUGUUGUCCAGCGGCAUGGAAACAGGGUCCAGUACCGAGGAAGAAGACGAUGAGGAUGAAAAGCCAUACACAGCAAUGAAUGGCAUUCAUCUCGGUACGACCAUGCCGAAUGAACAGCUUCUUCAGCAAUGGAGCCGACCUAUGUACGGAGGAGUCACGUCAGAUCUGUCGAUCACUGGCACAGGGCAUACUCGUGACACGGACACAAGAUGGCCAAGUUUCGGUCCUUCGUUCUCUUCGGUCUCAGCGUCGAGUGAAUCCGAAGAUGAAUUGACGGAUCGAAUGCAUCGUGCAUCUCGUCAUGCGGGACCUCACUCACAUACCCCUAUGCGUCCUUUUCAUCACACGGGAUCAGGCACGCUAAGUGCUUAUGGUUAUAUCUCUGGCAGUCAAGACAGUGCUAUGAGUACCAGUGCAAGUACGGACAAUGAGUCACGCCGCAGCUCGACCAUGUCCAUGAGUGUCUCCGAAAGCGAGUUCGGAGGACGUGGUGAGUCUGAACGGCGGAGCCCAUCAAUACUUCAUGACGCACAAUCUGCCGACCCUAUGCCACAGCUUUUAUCGACAAGAACGCCACCGCCCGAAAAUGAGACCUCGGCGUGGCGUCGUACAUCGAAUCGACAUCGCAGACCGGACGAGCCCGACAGACAUGCGACAUCGACACCGACCGCACGAGUGCCGUACGAUUCAUCUAGUCCGCAUCGUUGGCGCAACGGCGAAGUCAGCACUGAACGUCAUGGUACGAAUGCUGACGUCCAAAAGAAAGCGGUUAUUGCAACGAGUCUCCAGGCCGAUGCUGACGAGGAUGCUGGCGGAAAUGCUGAUAAUGACAUGGAUGCUAACGGCGAUGGUGAUGCUGAGUCUGACUAUGAACAAACACAUCACAUUUCUCAGCCCUUGACACGCACUGGAUCGCGGCGGGGAAGACAGCGCACUAUAAUUGGCGGUCCGAAAACAUCUACUGGGGCAGCAUUGCACCAUCAUGGAUCUGCAGGACAUCAAACCGACACAUCACCCCGUGCGGUGCAUGGUGUAGCACGCAACAAUACCUCGUCACCUUCUCCUGGCUCAAUCAUCCGCUGUGAUUACGUAUCGCCGCUAACAAACCAGGUGUGUGGUACAGUGUUCCAUCGCAUGUACGACUUAGCACGGCAUCGCAUAACGCUCCAUUUGCGUGAAGAGGCACAACUUUUCAAAGACGGCGUACUGAAUCUGGAUCAGUGUGUCGUCCUUGGAAAAGAGGUCGAUGUCAAAAAAGCGCUUGCUGAGCUUGAAUGGACUUGUCGUUGCUGCGGCGCGACUUUUUCACGAAAAGACGCCCUACUUCGACAUGAGCGACUUCGCCAUCACAGAUAA